AAAACCAAAAUAUCAGCGGCACUUUAAGUAAAUUAAAAACCAAAUGUUGAAGGACGAUCCAGCAAUUUAAACAAUUUCCAUCUACCUUACUUAGCAGAAGAACUCACUAAACACAACUGAUUUUUAUUUGUCCAAAAAUAAAAUUCAAAUUUGAAUCUGAACAAGUCCAAGUUUUAAAAGAAAAAAAAAUAGAGAAAUCAAAAGAAAUCAGUUAUGGAGGAGCUAGAAAGCCAUGGAAAUUGAGAGAAAGCGAGGGAAAAUUGAGAAGUACAAUUGAUCUGAGUGUACAAUUUGAUCCUUAUUGUCACUGUUUUUAUUAGGUACUGAUUUUACGGUCGGCGGUUCAAUUGCUUGUUAAUUAUUUCAGGAUUGCCGAGGAAUCUUCCAAGAUCUCUUGAACAGAAGCAGGACUAUAAAUUAUUAGAAGCUUGUUUGUUUGUGUGCUAGAUGGGAUGUUGGUAUGCAUGUCUCAUGUAAUCUUCGUGGCAUUGGGGUUAGUCCCAAUCCAAUCAACUUAAAUGGAGAGGAACCUGAAAAAAAUUGCAAUGGACCCAUCAGAAAUGCAUAAGCCAUUCCAAUAUGGUUCCAGGGAAUCUGGACAUGAGACAUUCUUGCCUGCAUCUCAAUCAUUUAUGUCAGACCCUAUUGGCAGCAGAAAUGCUAACAUGCGGCUUCCUGAUCUAAAUGUAUCAGAGGUAAAACCUGUAAAUUUUUCCAUACAGACAGGUGAGGAGUUUGCACUCGAGUUUAUGCGGGACCGAGUCAAUCAUAAUAAGCCUGCCAUCCCAAAUACAGCGGGGGAUCCCAAUUAUGCAACAGGAUAUUUGGAACUAAAAGGCAUUUUAGGCAUUAGUCAUACGGGGUCUGAAAGUGGGUCAGACAUCUCAAUGCUGACUGUAGUAGAUAAAGGUCAAAAAGGAUUUGAAAGAGCAAAUUCCUCCUUGCAUGAGGAGAGAAGCAACUAUGGGUCUGUUCAGUCAAUGCCAAGAACCUCUUCUGGUUAUGGGAGUCGAGGACCCGUGCUUGGAUAUACCUCCUCAGGAAACUCUGAUAGCCUGUCAGGAAAGAUGAAAGUUCUCUGCAGCUUCGGUGGUAAAGUUCUGCCCCGCCCUAGCGAUGGAAAGCUCAGAUACGUUGGAGGUGAUACACGCAUUAUACGUAUACUGAUGGAUAUUUCAUGGCAGGAGCUUAAGCAGAAAACUUUAGCAAUUUAUAACCAAGCUCAUGUGAUCAAAUAUCAACUUCCAGGAGAGGAUCUUGAUGCUCUUGUUUCUGUUUCAUGUGAUGAGGAUUUGUUGAAUAUGAUGGAGGAAUGGAUUGAAGUUGAAGGUAGAGAAGGGUCUCAGAAGCUUAGGAUGUUUUUAUUCUCUAUGAGUGAUUUAGAGGAUGCUCAAUUUGGCUUGGGCAGUGUGGAGGCUGAUUCUGAGGUUCAGUAUGUAGUUGCUGUUAAUGGCAUGGACAUAGGAUCUAGAAAAAACUCGAUCUUGCAUGGUUUGGCAAGUUCUUCAGGGAACAAUUUAGAUGAGCUAGAAGGACUGAACAUUGACAAGGAGACAAGUAAAGUGGAAACGUUUUCAGUUGGAUUCAGUACUCCACCAUCAACUGCUCAACCAAUUUCUCAAGUCUCCUCUAAUGCCUAUGAAAACCAUGCACCCUUUUAUCGGGGCCAAUUGAUGGAUCACAAAGAAAGUCAGCAGUUCCUGCUACAAAAUCACCACAAUUCUCAUAAUUUCUCCCCUCUUGAGGAAACUCCUCAUAUGGCUAUUUAUCAGCAAGGAGGUCUAAAUGACAGACAGCCAAGCACCAACUUUCAGGGGCUUUACUCACAAGUAUUGCAAAAGGAGGAGAAGCUGAAACCUGAUGGUUCCCUUAAGCUAGAGGUUGACUCUGAAAAGAGUCAUCCUCUAAAAAAUAAAUACCCUAUUCCAAUGGAUGAGGCAUCACUCGCAGCUGGACAAGGAGAUCUUCAUUCUCUGCACUCAAAAAAUGAGGGGCAGUGCCAGGAAACUGAUAAGGUUUCGUCAUCUGCUGAUGCUGUAAAUCUAGUUCAGGGGCUUAAUUCACGCGAAGAUGAUCAAUGUCCUGCCACUGAUGGUAUUCUUGGUACUAGUUGUGCUGGUUCUGAUUCCAAUCUGAUUGACUUAAGCUACCUGGAACCAUCGGUGCCUCCAAGAGUUUACUAUUCGGAAAGAAUACCUAGGGAGCAAUUAGAAUUACUGAAUAGGUUAUCUAAGUCUGAUGACUCAUUUGGUUCUCAGUUGCUUAAUUCAGUUGCAGAAGCGGUUGACAAGUUGCAUCACAGCAAUCUCGCUCCCAAUACAGAAGAUUCAAAAUCAACUUCAAAAACAUCAUAUUCAGACACUCAAACCAUCAAUGAUGGCCUUGCCCAACUUCAGAAGUACAAGGAGUUUGCUGGUGCUGUUUCUCAUACGAGUAAAAAGCAUAAUGAUGAAGAUGUGUUGGACAAUGGGUUUAAGCAGGCGGUUUCAAGUAAUUUAGCUGAUAAAGACUCUGUUAACAGGGAUGUUCUUCUUAGGAGUGAUUGUGAUACAGAGUAUGCCACAGACAAUAAUAAGAAAGUCCUGCAUGAGGGAGUGGAAGAAACUAGAGGCGGACAUCCUGCCACGGGGAAAGUAAUUUCUGUCAUGAAUCAGAUGAAUCCUGCAUCUAAUUUCUCUGAACCUAAGCUUGUUGAGAAGACAAACAAGGAUUUUACUGGAAAUAACAAUUAUAGACAGUCUCAGCCCUUUCCUGGGAUAGAGGAGUCGGCAAAAGAUAUUUCUCAAAAGAUAUCCCCCGUUGGUGUUCCGGCCGCAAAGCAGGCAGAUAUCACUGUAGAUAUUAACGACAGGUUCCCUCAUGAUUUUCUUUCUGAGAUAUUUACUAGUGCAAUAACUCCUGAGACUACCUCCGGUGUUGGCACUAUGCAUAAAGAUGGAGCUGGUGUGAGUGUGAAUAUGGAAAAUCAUGAGCCAAAGCACUGGUCAUAUUUUCAGAAGUUGGCACAAGAAGGGUUUGUUCAGACAGAUGUUUCUCUUAUGGACCAGGAUGGUGUUGGUAAUGCUUCUGCAGCUGCAAAAGUUGAAGAAGGGGAUCAGAAGUUUUAUCACUUUGAACCUCUGAUAACUGAUGAAGUAUCAAUUGGCCAGGAGUAUUCCCAUCACAAUUUUGUUGAAGAAAGUAAGAAAAAUUUACCUGGAAUGAUGGGAGCUGAUUCUGCCAUGCUUUCAGAUUUUGGUCAUUCGCAAAUGAAGGAAAGUGAAAGUACACAGUUUGGUGCUAUCGUUGAAAAUAUGAAAUCACCAGAGUCUGCUUAUGAGGGUGCGAAGCUAGAAAAUAGAAAUGUUGGCCUACCUCCUCUUGAUCCAUCCCUGGUAGAUUUUGACAUCAAUACUUUGCAGGUCAUUAAAAAUGGUGAUCUUGAAGAGCUUAGAGAACUGGGUUCUGGUACUUUUGGGACUGUGUAUCAUGGAAAAUGGAGGGGAUCUGAUGUUGCCAUUAAGAGACUGAAGAAGAACUGUUUCUCUGGUCGCUCAUCAGAGCAAGAGAGAUUGACAUCAGAGUUUUGGCGGGAAGCUGAAAUUCUUUCAAAGCUUCACCAUCCCAAUGUGGUGGCAUUUUAUGGUGUAGUGCAAGAUGGACCUGGAGGGACAUUAGCUACUGUGGCAGAGUACAUGGUUGAUGGUUCUCUUAGACAUGUUUUGCUUAAGAAGGAUAGGCAUCUAGAUCGUCGCAAGCGACUUAUAAUAGCUAUGGAUGCAGCAUUUGGAAUGGAGUAUUUGCACUCAAAGAAUACUGUGCAUUUUGAUUUGAAAUGUGACAACUUGCUGGUGAAUUUGAAAGAUCCCCAGAGGCCCAUUUGUAAGGUUGCGGACUUUGGCCUAUCAAAAAUUAAACGAAAUACCUUGGUUUCUGGAGGUGUACGGGGAACACUACCGUGGAUGGCACCAGAACUGCUAAAUGGUGGCAGCAAUAAGGUCUCAGAAAAGGUUGAUGUUUUCUCAUUUGGAAUCGUCCUGUGGGAGAUCCUCACAGGUGAGGAGCCAUAUGCCAACAUGCACUAUGGUGCUAUCAUAGGUGGAAUUGUAAAUAACACAUUGAGACCAACCAUUCCAAGCUACUGUGAUGCUGAAUGGAAAAGGCUGAUGGAGCAUUGUUGGGCGCCAAACCCUGCGGCCAGGCCAUCCUUCACUGAAAUUGCAGCGCUAUUGCGAGUCAUGUCGACAGCCGCUGGUCAAACCAAAGGUCACAGUAACAGAACAUCAAAGUAAAGUUGGAAAUAAAUGAAGAAGAUGAUUAUUUUUUAUAGUAUUAGAUUUUUGUCUUUCUUAUUUUGUAAAGGGUUCAUGUUAUUCAAGAAGUCGGAGACUUAAAUAUUUGGAUGUGUUAUAUCUCAGUAAUUUAAGUUAUAUUUAUUAUUAUUUUUAUAAAAGAAAUUAAUUUGUGACUGGUUUUCAUGCCUGAGGAAUACAUUCUUUAUACACUA